CACACACACACACACGCAUUGUAUAGGCACCCACAUACAGACAUAUUCUCACCAAACUGCACAAGGAGAGGAUCGAAAAGCCAGCGAAAGCCUGUUCUCCUUUUCAUGGUUUUGCACCUUCCUGGGCUUCUCCCAAGAUAAACCACUAUCACGAAAUCUGUCAUUUUUUAAAAAAAAACUGCAUUAAAUAUGGGAAAACGUGGGAGACCGAGGAAAGAACUGAAAUGCGAGGCCGAGUUGGCUGCUUCUCCCGAACAGCCGCGAGAAGACCUCGCCGGAGAAAAGCUCAGGUGUCCGUUCAGUGACAUUUUCAACACCAGCGAGAGCUCCAUGGAAAAACAGAUCAACACUUUUCUGCAAAACGUGCAGAUUUUACUGGAGGCCGCCAGCUACCUGGAGAAAAUCGAGAAAGAAAACAAAAAGUGCGAACAUGGUUAUGCCUCAACCUUCCCCUCUAUGCCGAGCCCUCGGCUGCAGCACUCAAAGCCACCGCGGAGGUUGAGUCGGGCACAGAAACACAGCAGCGGGAGCAGCAACACCAGCACUGCCAACAGGUCUACGCACAAUGAAUUGGAAAAAAACCGGCGAGCUCAUCUGCGCUUGUGUUUAGAGCGCUUAAAAGUUCUGAUACCACUAGGACCGGAUUGCACCAGGCAUACGACCCUUGGCCUGCUGAAUAAAGCCAAAGCACAUAUCAAGAAACUUGAAGAAGCCGAGAGGAAGAGCCAGCACCAGCUUGAGAACCUGGAACGAGAACAGAGGUUUCUGAAGAGGCGGCUGGAACAGUUGCAGGGUCCCCAGGAGAUGGAGCGAAUCCGAAUGGACAGCAUCGGCUCAACAAUUUCUUCAGAUCGUUCUGAUUCAGAGCGAGAGAUCGAAGUGGAUGUUGAAAGCACAGAGUUCUCCCAUGGAGAAGUGGACAAUAUCAGCACCACCAGCAUCAGUGACAUUGAUGAUCACAGCAGCCUGCAGAGUAUUGGGAGUGACGAAGGUUACUCCAGCGCAAGUGUCAAACUCUCAUUCACCUCCUAGAACCCAGCAGGAUACACCAGGACAGGGCAGAUCAUUCAGUGGGCCAAUCCAAUCCACGCCGUUGCUUAAAUUGGGUUCAUGCUGCAGUCUCCUCUUUCAAAAAAACUAUACUUGAACCAAUAACAUUGCACAGAUCUAUAAUUAAAUGUCUCCUUAGCAGUAAACGGGGCAGAGACUCCCCCAGGAGCACAGAUGCGUUUGUGGGUUUGCUUCACAAAAUCACAGUUCCGUGUGGAAGCAGAGGUUUAACAUUGAAUUUCCUUCUUCUGCUUUAGUUGAUUUGAAAGAGGAUAUUGGAGAUUUAACCCCCUCCCUCCCUCUCUCUCUCUUCCCAGUUGGCUCACACUACAUUCAGGGGAUAGAUCUAAAGACUUCUUGAGCUCUGUGGUCCUAAGACAGCAAAAUAAAUACGCCCUCACUCAUGAAAAAUUAGAACCAUCAGGCAUUAAUUUUGUGUGUGGCAAAAUGCUAUUGCAGCUCUCCGCCUGAGACACCUGUCGCGAAACCUGUGGAUAACAAUUGUUUUCAAUGCUCAUUUCAUGCCCUGCCAAGGAGAGACUCCCAUGAAGCUUGUUGAGAGGGAUCACCCUUCCGCUCUGGUUUUGUUGGGCUCCAUUUUGAAGCCAGUCACCUUUCCUGCACUGCUAGCACAAGGGCACCAAACUCAUUUUUACCAGCACUUGGUGGGGCUGAACAAUGGAGAUAGCUGAUGGCACCUUUAGCAACACUCCACUGCAAGUUCAGUUUGGAGGCCUGAAAGUGGGGGGAAAAAAACAAAACAGCAUCAGUGUCUAUGUGAGCCUGAAGAGAGAUGCAGGCAGGGUCUGAGCCACUGCAACAUUUUUAUUUCCGAUUUUGAUAAAUGUUUGUAUGUGUUGAAAAACCAAAAUGACAUCUUUUUAAAGCUUGUCCAUAAGAAAUAUAGAUGUCUUUUAUAGUGGAAAAACACAAGGGGGAAAAAAAAUCAUCUAUUUUGAUGCAGCAUUUGAUAAUGAUAAAACACGUCACACCUCACUCUUUACAGUGCACAAAACAAAACGAAUGAGGUUUGGACUAGAUGGUAAAGGUCAGAUAUAGUGUUGUAGUUUCCUGUUAGAAUCAUUCCCUUUUUGCCAGUUUUUGACCUUCUGGUAUCUACACAGUAGUAGCACUAUCAUACUUAUAGUUAACAUAGUUAAGUUCAGCACUUCUCUUAUUAAUACAAAAUUUUGCCUUCAUUUUCCCAAGGGCAGUCUCUCUCUUUCUCCUUUUCCCCUCCACCUUCCUCUCCCCAUGCUCCCCAGUGUGCAGGUGCUGUUACCGAAUUCUUUCAGAAAUAUUCUCAUUUUUUCAAGCUGAGAUUUCUAACCUGCCCUUUGAGGUCUCAUUUUCCUUUUGUCUUGCAAAUUUCCAGGCUUGCCCAAGGCCCUCCUCCCCAGCCCUCACCUUCACCCUCAGCGAAUCUUUUGGGAGACCUCACCUCUGGCGUUGUUUGAACUUUGUAUACCUUAAAUAAUUUAACUACUCCUAAUUACUAAAAAUGCUUUAUGAAUUUCGUAACUUAUUGCUGAUUAUAAUGGGUUGUUCAUUUCAGUCCUGUAGACUUAUUUUACGUUUUAGAUAGAACAGGGCAAGAAAAAGCAACACUGAAAAAGAAAUAAAGACAACCUUAUUUAGCAGUGCAGUUGAGUUGUGUGUUAAUGUUAGUCUAUCCUGUAAAAGUAGCACUUUAACAACAUUCACCACGUCUGUGAGUGUGAAAUGUAUUGUGGUCUGCCAUCUUGGUCGUACAUAGGGCCUUAGCGUACACGUGUUCUUCUUGUGCUCUUCCUCUGCCUCAAAGAUACGAUUUACCUUAAGUAUGUGAAAUGACCAGGUGGAAGAAGGUCCUGUAGAGCUCAAAUAUGAGUAGGAAAUUAGAACUCCGUGAUUCAACCACGAAGUCCACGAGUUGUUGUUAAAAAUACAUUGAUCGAUGCCUAAUUCAUGACAAAAAUGUGUUUUUUUUGCGAGUGACGCAACCUAGUUCUGGUUUCAUUGCCAUCAUUUGUCUGGAGCAGGUCGUUGUUGUACAACUGAUUGCUGGUGUCUUUGCUGACUGCAGUAACUAGCGUAGAAAUCAAACGGGAGCCAUUGACUAAGCAGAUAGAGCUACAACUUUACCCUUAAUUGAGUCCCACAACUGGAAUGUGAGACAUUCUGCGGAGUUUAAGGUUCCCUCCUUGCCCCCCACAACACUCUUUUUGUUGCAUGCCCUCCUAAUGCAACUGUAAGAUGGCAGAUAGGAAGAUCUCCAUGGUGAAUGUUCACUACACAUUUCAACUGUCCCUGGAUUACUUCCUUCCCUUGGGUCAUUUCCAUUUUGGGGGGAAACAUUUGUAUGAUGAGAAAAGUAUUACUUUUUUUUUUCUUAAAGAUGAAUCAAUUUUGAAAACAGAAAAGCUAAAUUACCGAAAAAUAAAAUUGUGACUAAAGA